UACACAAAAACAUACACAGGAAGAAACGGGGAAAAGGAAAAAGAAAACUCUCCAGGCUCUUUCUCUUCUCGACGACUACGAGAGCCUAACCCUUCUCUCUCUCUCUCUCCAUCGAUUCGGAUUGCUUGUUCAAUUAAUACCCACCUUCAUCUUGUCUGAAUUCCACGUCAUUUUUUCAUGUCUCACCAUUGACAAUCCCCGAUCUCCCCCUCCUCCUCGUCGUCGUCAGAUCACCAGGUUGUACGCUAUUCUCAGUCAAUCUCUUGCAUAUGAUUGAGAUUCUCUCUCCUUUUUUCUCAACCCAUAUCGGUUAAUCUCGUCUCGAGCUGUAUUAUCCGAUUUGGCUUUGAAUGCCGAUGGUCCUAAGGAGAGAGAGUGAGGUAUGGACGUGAAUACGGUGCGUUUCGGGGUCGUCGUCUUCGUCCACAUGCAGUUUGGGGUUGGUACGUGCGCUUGAGCCACGAACUGUCGUCUAGAGAGAGCAAAGGGAAUAAAGGGUGAGAGGAAGAGAUCGAUGGCGACUCAGGUGGCGAAGGUGAGGAGGGAGACGGUUGCGGCAUGCAUGACCUGUCCUCUCUGCGACAAGCUCCUCCGCCACGCCACCACCAUCUCCGAGUGCCUCCACUCGUUCUGUAGGAAAUGCAUUUACGAUAAAAUCACAGAGGAUGAGAUAGAAUGUUGUCCAGUAUGCAAUAUUGACCUCGGUGGCACCCCAUUGGAGAAAUUGAGGCCUGACCACAAUCUGCAAGACUUGAGGGCCAAAAUAUUUCCUCUAAAACGAAGAAAGGUUGAAGCUCCUGAAGUUGUCCCCUCUAUUGCGUUACCCCCGAGGAGAAAGGAGAGAUCGAUCUCAUCCUUAGUAGUAAGCACACCUAGGGUUUUAGCCCAAACCGGUUCAACUGGAAGAAGAGCCAAAUCUUUCACAAGAAAAGAUUUGCGUGGUAGCAGUUCCUUGGCCGAUAGAAUCGUCAAGAAAGAAGAAGACGACGAUCCAGAAAGCACGAGCUCGCCGGAAACUUUGAACAAGUUUACUCUGAACAAAAGGCAGGUAAAGAAGGUGAUUAAUGCUGACUCUCUCUCUCUGUUUGCUAUGGCUUCCAUUUCGUUUUGGCAGAGUUUCAUUUCAGUCGAACCUUUGAAUUUUCUCGUCGAAGUGGCAAACAGGACAAAACCGUUGAAGUCUUCUACUUCUCAAGGUUCGGACGUGAAAUCUGAACAGGCAAAUGUGGCUGAAAAUGAAGGUCAAGCGAGUAAAAUUAAAACCAAGGAUCACAAAAGUAAAUGUAAAGUCGAGGACGAGAAGAAUAACAUCGGUCAUCCUGUAACAACAUCGGAAACAGCUACUCCUAAAAGAUUGCGUAGGACUCGCCGGAAAAGGUCUGCCUCUUUUGGUGAUUCAAGAAUUCCUCCACACCCAGAUUCUCGAAUUGGAAAACGGGAGAGGAGAAAUGGUCCCGUUUGGUUCUCCCUUGUUGCAUCCAAUGAUCGGGAAGGAGAAGCAUCAUUGCCUCAAAUUCCGUCAAACUACUUGAGAAUAAAGGAUGGAAAUAUUCCGGUCUCUUUUAUCCAAAAGUAUCUCGUGAGGAAGCUCGAUCUCGAGAGCGAGACCGAGGUAGAGAUAAGAUGUAUGGGAGAACCAGUGAUUCCGACACUGCAGCUACACAGUUUGGUGGAUCUAUGGUUGGAAACAUCGUCGAAACACCGUCGGGUUGCUGCCUCGGUAGGUUCCUCGGCCAAGGAUUUCGUUAUGGUUCUCGUCUACGCUCGAAAGCUACCCGAACCGGACGAGUCCUAGGAGAAAAAAUCAAGGAUUUGUUUCGCUGCCGAAGGUAAUAAACCUUGAAGGAGUAUUUCUUCAACAUGGCCUGAAACCACAAUCUGAAAUUGCAAAGAUAAGUUUGAUGUUUGUACUGUUUUCAUGAAGUUGUUUCUGUGUUUUUUUUUCUUACAGAACAUCAGUUUCUUAGGCAGAUGUUCUUGGAACUUUGGGACAUCAUUGCGUUGCGUGUAAGAUGAGGAAAUGCUGUCAUUUUUAUGGAAUUUUUUGUAGGGUUUUAUAAAUUUAAUCAAAGAGAAAAAAAAACAUAAACUUUUAAAUUUACCAUAUAAAUAC